UUAUGAGUUAGUGGUUAGGUUGGGGUGGAUAUGAGAGUUUUGAUGAAUAGAUGCAUCAUCAUCCACAUUUUUAAACCCUAAUUACAUAAUUAAUGGUGAACAAAUCCUCCCAAUUUCAUUCUUGAAUAAUCGCUCACUCCCAAUCCCAAUUCCAGGGUGGAUAAUAAAUAUUACUAGUAUUGAGGACCAAUCAUUAUGUGUUUGUCAUUCUUGUGGUGGUCAUUGUGGUUGCGGCUCUGCCUCUCCUAACUCAUCCUCAAAUCCAAUAUUUGAGCCUUGUUCACACACACACAACUCCCAUCAGCUACAGCUAUGGCUAUGGCUGCCCCAUCCUCUUCCUGCACACCUGCUGCCUUCACCAGAAACCUCCCCAAUUCUAAUUGCCUAACUCCUCAGUUUCAGAAAACCAGCUUCCAAGGGCUGUCGCUUCAAGAUGCCAAAAGGGUUGCCUUCACUUCUUUGGUUGCUGAGAUCAGUAUCACCAGUGUUCCAAGUGUACCAAAAAGGGGUCUUCAGAUCACAGCCAGAACUGCUGGUGCUGCAAAGAAUAUUGAGGUUGAAGUUGACAAGCCAUUGGGCUUGACUUUGGGCCAAAAGCAAGGGGGUGGAGUUGUCAUCACUGCUGUGGAAAGUGGCGGGAAUGCUGCAAGAGCAGGGCUCAAGGCUGGGGACCAGGUACUCUACACCAGCAGUUUCUUUGGUGAUGAACUUUGGCCAGCUGAUAAGCUUGGCUUCACAAAAACUGCCAUCCAGGCCAAGCCAGAUUCUGUCUACUUUGUUGUUAGCAGAGGCGCAGAAGUGGAUGUCAAAAAGCUACCCAAGCGUCCGGCUCCCCCUGCCUUUGGAAGAAAAUUAACUGAUGCGCAAAAGGCCCGUGCUACUCACAUAUGCCUUGAUUGUGGAUACAUAUACACCCUGCAGAAACCUUUUGAUGAGCAAGGGGAUGAGUAUGCGUGCCCGCAAUGUAGAGCUCCAAAGAAGAGAUUUGCAAAAUAUGAUGUUAACACAGGGAAGGCCAUUGGGGGAGGAUUGCCCAUUGGAGUCAUCAUUGGGCUUUUGGUUGGGGUUGGUGGAGUUGGAGCUUUGUUAGUUUAUGGGCUUCAGUAGUAAAAUCUUGUAUAUUCAGAUUUGGGAGUUGGAUGCAGAUUUUUGGUAUAAAUUCACAUAUGUUGCCCAGAUUUCAGUAAAUUAUAAUAUUUGAGGGAUUGUUUGAACAA